UGACGACAUAAAGCCCGGGUUCCGGAAGACGCCAGUAAGAGGCGUGCUCCUGUGGCGUGGAGAUGGCUUUCGGCGGUGGGAGACCGGAGCACUGCGGACCUCCAGAGCUGUUUUACGACAAGAAGGAAGCCCAGAAAUACGUUCGCAACUCACGGAUGGUUGAUGUCCAGACCAAGAUGGCUGGGAGAGCCCUGGAACUCCUUUGUCUGCCUGAGGGUCAGCCCUGUUACCUCUUGGAUAUUGGCUGUGGUUCUGGGCUGAGUGGAGAUUAUCUCUCAGAUCAGGGGCACUACUGGGUGGGCCUCGACAUCAGUCCUGCCAUGCUGGAUGCAGCCUUGGACCGAGACACAGAGGGAGACCUGCUUCUAGGGGACAUGGGCCAGGGUGUCCCCUUCAAACCGGGUACCUUUGAUGGUUGUAUCAGCAUUUCUGCUGUGCAGUGGCUCUGUAAUGCUAACAAGAAAUCCGACAAUCCUGCCAAGCGCCUGUACUGCUUUUUUUCUUCUCUGUAUUCUGUUCUUGUCCAUGGAGCCCGAGCUGUCCUGCAGCUGUACCCUGAGAACUCCCAGCAGUUGGAGCUGAUCACAACCCAGGCUACGAAGGCGGGCUUCACUGGUGGUGUUGUGGUGGACUACCCAAAUAGUGCCAAAGCAAAGAAGUUCUUCCUCUGCUUAUUUUCUGGGCCUUCGAUCUUUCUGCCAAAGGGGCUGGAUCAAAAUCAGGAUGAAGAGACCACCAAGGAGUCCUUGUUCACUAAUGAGAGGGUCUCAUACAGGAUGGUGAGGCGGGAGUUAGUGAGGAAGAGCCGACAGUGGGUGCUGGAGAAGAAGGAGCGUCGUAGGCGGCAGGGCAAGGAAGUCAGACCUGACACUCAAUACACGGGCCGCAAGCGCAAGCCACGGUUCUAAGCAGUGGCCACAUCCAGUGGUUUGGCUCUGGGGCCCCCACAGUCUGCUGUGCUGUCCAGCCUGGCACUUGCUUCUGGAAAGUUCUGACAAAGUAGUAUUUAGGAAAGUUUCACAUUUCUACAAGUAUUUUCUUCACUAAAAUUAAGUUCUCUGAGGUUGCCUUAUUUUGUUUUAAAAGCAAGCAAUAAAUCCUUUUUUGUGCAA